AUGGCGGGGCAUCGGCCUGGGCGUCUCCGCCAGCUGGUGCUGCUGGGCUGGGGGGCGCUGCUGCUGGCUCACUGCUGGUCCUCCGUGCUGUCCCAGAUCCCCGAUCCCGAGCUCCUACCCACAGACCCCCCGAAGAAGCCCGACCCGGUCAACUCGGAGACGGUGGUCUUCUGGGGGCUGAGACUGUGGCAGGUCAUCGGCAUCUUCUCCAUGUUCGGUUUAACGGUUGUUAUCACGUUAUGCUGCAUCUUCAAAUGCCGAAUCCCCAGGACCAAGAAGGAGAUCGAGGCACGCAACGCCCAGAGACUGGCUGCUAAGUCCUACGCCGACACACUGGAGACUGUCCCCCCACUCAGUGAGCUGACCGAGAUCCCAGGGUCUGCGAAGGUGGUGGAGGAGGAGGUGGAGACGGUUGCCGGCAAGGUGGACGGCAAGGAAGGGAAGAAGGCCAAGAAAGGAAAGGAAGGGAAGGAAGGGAAGGAAGGGAAGGAAGGGAAGGAGGAGAAGGAAGAGAAGGAGGAUUCAGAGGAAGAAGGGAAGAAGAAGAAGAAGAAGAAGAAGAAGGCAGAGGACGAAGAGGACGGAGAGGAGGCUGAGAAGGGUGGAUCCAAGAAAGGAGGGGACAAAGGAGAAAAGGGAGACAAGGGAGGAGGUAAAGGCGGGGGGAAGGGCGGGGCCAAGAAAGGAGGUGCUAAAAAGUGA